CGGCGAGAUAGAAUCAUCGAAAGUGUGAACAUCUUUUCCCCCAGCAAACCGGCUCGCCCAUUUGUCGCGAAGUUUCAGCCCUGCCCAUCAUGAGCAAGUACAACGACAUCACCAAGCCACCUCCGCCUUUGCCAAGUGUCAACCUGAAAGAACUGAAACCCGGGGUCUCGCUCCUUUUGCCUCUGACUCGAAGGGGCUAUGGACCUGGUCUCAUUGUCCUCACAACGGACACAAGUGACCCACUGGCCAUCAAAGACGGGGUCCCCUCACAUUUGGUCAAGUGGGCCGAGGAAGGGUAUGCUGUCGUGGGGAUAGAGGAGAGGGCAUUUGCGGCAUCGGGUGAUGUCUCGACGCUACUGCUCACGCUCGCGGUUGAUGCUCUGGCAAAGUGUGACAAAUGUGAACCCAAGGGUAUAAUCGGACUCGUUGCUUACGUCCCAAGCCUAUGGAACAAGAUUGCACCGGCCCUGGAAAACGUUCCAGAGGUCGUUGCCGCCAUCACAUACGCAAAUGCCUCAGAUGUAACCGGUCUGGCUAGUUGCAAAGUACCCCUGCUGAGACAAAUCGUCGGCACCGACAGCCCUAGAACAGACUCAAAACAAGUGACCACCAACGACAACGGCCCGCGACCAUACUACUACCCUGACAUCAAGUCUUGCGAAUUCGCAACCCCCUUCACACCUUCGUUCCAUUACAACACCGAAGCACUCUCCCACACCCGAAACCUCACCUUCCUCAAGCCACUCAUGGGAGGGCCAUAUUUCGACCUAGAGACCAUCUGGGACGAGCACACCUAUUAUGAAUUCACGGAUCGCUCGGUAGAACACACCAUGAGCACCAUGGUUCAAGAACCUUAUGUGAAUCAUGUACCUACGAUGACAGGAGGAAUAGGACGUGAAGCUCUAACCUCAUUCUACCGAAACAAUUUCAUCUUUGAAAACUCCCUCGACACCGACCAAGAACUUUUGAGUCGGACGAUUGGGAUUGAUAGGAUAGUCGAUGAAUUUUUGUUCAAAUUCACCCACGACAAAGAAUUAGAUUGGUUCCUACCCGGUGUCCCUCCCACGUUCAAAAGAGCAGAGGUACCAUUUCAUGCCGUCGUGAAUAUAAGAGGUGACAGAUUGUACCAUGAACACAUCAAUUGGGACCAAGGUACUGCGUUGAGACAGUUGGGUCUAAUGCCAGAGUACUUGCCGUACCCAUACCCACUCGCAGAUGGAAGGACGCCAACACCUGGAAAACAAUUCGAGUACAAAGUCCCCGUCGAAGGACUCAAGGUUGCUUCGAAGAUGAGAGAAAGAAACUCGGUCCCAUCAAAUGAAAUGAUGGAGUACCAAGUCAAGGAGGUCUAAAGGGAUCGAGAACUCAAGUUGUAGGACUAUACGAAAGAGAUAUGCAUAAGACUAGAAAAGGCUCGCUUUCACAUUUGGAAUAUAAUAUCUUAG